AGGAAGAGGAGGCGUGCAGACGUGUUUACCGCUGAGUGGAAGAAGGAGGUGACAGCCGCUGGACCCACUGAUCUAGAGGGAAUAUCCUGCUUAUAUUCUCCAUAGAGGGCUGUACAAUUGGCUUAAGGACAGAGAGAAGGGAGAGAGCGACUAAGGAGACUGAAGAGAGCCAGAAGAGCCAUAAACCAUGUCCCAGAAGGUAGCGGUGAGUGUACGUUUCCUGAUGGUGACAGUUGUUGGUGUGACCAUGGAGGAGAACCCGCCCAAGGUGAACAAGUGGGACGGCAACGCUCUCAAGAACGCCCUGGAUGACGCUGUGAAGGAUGUGCUGCUGACACAGUUCAGUUACGUGGAGAGCCACAAGCUGCUGGACGGGCGCCUCAUCAUCUCCUCGGUGGCGGUGGGCUUCUCCAUCUUCGCCCUCGUGUGGGACUGGCUCUACCCCUUCCCUCAGUCCAGGACCGUGAUGUGUGUGUGCGUGAUCUCUUACUUCGUGAUGAUGGGCGUGCUGACCUGGUACACCACCUGCCUGGAGCGCGGCAUCUUCUGCACGGCACUCAACAAGGAUGCCGCCGGGAUUGACCCUGAUGAUGUGUGGAACGCCUCCUCGUCCCUUAAGAGGUUCGACAACAAGUACCACCUGCGACUGAGCCAGCGCAUGGGCAAGUCUGGGAAGGGCAAGGAGGCCCACACCACCCUCACCAUCGAGAACUUCUUUGACGAGACCGGCCGGCUGCUGUAUGCAGCCGUGGCCAAGGAAGUUCUGCGCCUGCACUCCGACGUGGAGAACAAGAAGAACUAGAGGCGUGCGAAGGCCUGGGGCCAGUGUAUGACGGGGACUGGUUUUGUUUAGCUUCUGUUCAGUGGUCCGUUUUUUCAUACAGAUCUUUAUUACCUAAGUUAUUAAGCCACAAAGGUGUCGGUACUCAAAAGGAAUCUGUUACUUUAAUGUGUUCGCCAAAAGCAGCAUGUUUUGGUAUGUAUUUUGAUUGGAAAGAAAGGGUUUUUUACACU